CAUAUUCCUUUCUUCCCAUCUGCUCUAUAUAAGCAGAGGAACCGAAACCUUAUAUGGGGAGGUUCUGAAAAGAGGCAAGAAUAGAGAAAAAUAUAUGCUAUCAUUAAUUUUUUUUUUUAUAUAUCAUGGGUUCACACAGAUUCUUUAUCAUCUUUUCAUUGUCCCUCUGUUUCUUUCUCUCAGAGCUCCCUGGUUCAUUCUCUUCAUCUCAGCAGCAGGUUCAGAAUUCAAGUUCAUCAGGUUUUCAUGUCCACCAAGAAAUUCCAGAGGCUGUGCGACUUCAAAUUCAAGAAAACUAUGUGGUGGUGGAUAAUGGCUUCCUCCAGCUCACAAUAUCAAACCCAGAAGGAUUCAUCAUUGGAAUACAGUACAAUGGCCUCAGCAAUUUGCUCGAAGUUCUUAACGAUGAAGCUGAGAGAGGGUAUUGGGAUCUUGUAUGGAGUGAUGAAUCAACUACACGAAAAAAGGGUAAUUUUGACAGGAUGGAUGGAACAAGUUUUAAGGUGAUACUACAAAAUGAGGAACAAAUAGAACUCUCAUUCACAAGAACAUGGAAUUCAUCCCUUCAUGGGAAGAUUGUUCCAUUGAAUAUUGACAAAAGGUAUGUAAUACUUAGUGGUUCGUCAGGCUUUUACACUUACGCCAUUUAUGAGCACUUGAAGGAGUGGCCAGCUUUUGACCUUGAUAAUACAAGGAUUGCAUUCAAGCUUAGAAAAGACAAGUUUCACUAUAUGGCCAUAGCAGAUGACAGGCAAAGAUACAUGCCAUUACCUAAUGACCGAUUGGAGGGCAGAGGUCAAGUUCUAGCGUAUCCAGAGGCUGUCUUGCUCGUUAAUCCAAUUGAACCUGAAUUUAAGGGAGAGGUAGAUGACAAAUACGAAUACUCAUGUGAGAGUAGGAACAAUGGGGUUCACGGGUGGAUCAGCAAUGACUCUGCCGUUGGUUUCUGGCUAAUUACACCCAGUUAUGAGUUCAGGUCUGGUGGGCCCUUAAAGCAGUUUCUUACCUCCCAUGUGGGCCCUACAACCCUCUCGGUAUUUCACAGCACUCAUUAUGUGGGAGCAGACAUGAUAGCAAAAUUUGGAGCGAAUGAGCCAUGGAAGAAAGUAUUUGGCCCUGUUUUUGUCUAUCUUAAUUCAUUGUCGGACCACGGUGACCCUCUUUCUCUUUGGCAAGAUGCUAAAAAGCAGAUGAUGCUUGAAGUUCAAUGCUGGCCCUAUGACUUCCCUGCUUCCCAAGAUUUUUCACCGUCGGAUCAACGGGGUCAUGUCUGUGGCAGAUUGCUAGUCAUAGAUAGGCAUCUCAGCGAUGAGAACAUUCCUGCAGAUGGAGCUUAUGUGGGGCUGGCACCCCCAGGUGAUGUUGGUUCCUGGCAAUUAGAAUCCAAGGGUUACCAGUUCUGGGUCAUAGCAGAUGAAGAUGGGCAAUUCACAAUCAGUAAUGUAAGGCCUGGUGGCUACAAUCUCUAUGCAUGGGUUCCUGGAUUUAUUGGAGAUUACAAAUAUGACACUGUUAUUAACAUAUCAGCAGGUUGCGAUAUUACCAUUGGCGAUCUUGUAUAUGAGCCUCCAAGGAAUGGCUCCACACUGUGGGAAAUAGGUAUUCCUGAUCGUUCUGCAGCAGAAUUCUACAUUCCAGAUCCUAAUCCAAAUUAUGUUAACAAGCUUUAUCUCAAUCACACUGACAGGUUUAGACAGUAUGGAUUAUGGGAAAGAUAUACAGAGUUGUAUCCUGAUGGAGAUUUGGUGUUCACAAUUGGCACAAGUGAUUACGCAAAAGAUUGGUUUUUCCAACAAGUAACCAGGAAGAUUAAUAACAACACAUAUCAAGGAACUACAUGGCAAAUCAAGUUCAAGCUAGAUGGAGUUGAUCAGUGUGGGACUUAUAAACUUCGUUUGGCACUUGCAACAGCAAAUGUUGCAGAUUUGCAGGUACGAAUUAAUGAUCCGAAUGCGAAUUCUUCUCUAUUUUCAACCGGAAUAUUUGGCAAGGACAACACAAUUGCAAGGCAUGGCAUUCAUGGGAUAUACAGGCUCUUUAAUAUUGAUAUACCAGGAGCUCAGAUUAUUCAAGGGAAUAACACAAUUUUUUUAACCCAAGCAAGCAGUACCAGCCCUUUCCAGGGCAUCAUGUAUGACUACAUUCGCUUGGAAGGCCUUCCAUCUUCUAAUACCAUAAAAAAGAUCUGAUUUAGCUAGGCUUUUUGGUUUCCCCUUUCAACAUUCCCCUAGAAAAUACUGAAAAUUAUUGCAGAUGAAUUGAAAUCAUUAAUUUGGUCAGCAAUUGCUCACCUUUAGCUUUCAAAUUUUUUUUCUUAAAACCAAAAUCAACCAAGCUUACCUAUUAUGUUUCGCAAACAAGAUUUACAUGUAUUGGGGCGGCCUAAAGCCAUAGGAGCUGAAUGUAUGUAUGCUUUUGAAAAAUAAAAAGAAAUUCUAGCUGAUUUUUUUA